AUGACAGUUGCAGAACGUUGUCUUGUACCUUUGCCGGCGACAGACGCAUAUGUUCAAUUAUCACUACUCGAUGGCGGAAGCUUCAUCGGCGAGAUCUCGAAGAUUCAUGCUGGCGUAGAGAAACAGAACUUUCGCAUGUACAACUGGGCGUUCUACCUGUCUCACAGAGGCCGUCACAUCUUGUGGGAUCUUGGACUCGAACAGGACCGAGCGUGUUAUACACCAUGGGUGAAUAAAUUCAUGCUUGACGAGGUCGAGUUUGUUGGUCCACGACGCUCCAUUGUCCAGCAGCUCAAGGAACGAGGUGUCGACCGGAAGGAUGUAGAUACAGUAUUCCAUGCGCAUUGGGAUCAUUGUCGACCUAUUCGGGAUGUCUUUCCAAAUGCCACGGCGAAUUUUGGGCCAGGUACCAGAGACGGGUGUUCGCCUGGACACAUGGUCGACCCAAGCCUCCAAUGGGACGGCCGGUUUUUUGAUCCUGAACAUGCUACAGAAAGAUGGCAUGAGUUGAACGGUGACUGGAUAGCCUUUGGACCAUUUGAGAAAGCGAUGGAUUAUUUCGGAGAUGGCAGCUUUUGGGUUAUGCAAGCGCCCGGGCACAUGGCAGGAAAUUUGUGCGCAGCAGCAAGGAUCGAAAGCGGAGAAUGGAUUCUGCUUGGUAGCGACUGUUGCCAUUCCAGAGAACUUCUAGACGGGAAAUUCCAGAUUGCAAAAUUCAGCGUGCCUGGGUUGGGGAAGAUGUCUUUGCAUGCCGACAUAUGUGCUGCCGAGAGAACAAUCUCCAAUAUAAGGGUGCUCGAGAGAGACUAUGGUUUUCACGUAGCGCUGGCGCACGACGCCUGGUGGUUAAAGCAAGGGACAGAUGCAGUAUUGAUGUCGUUACUUGACGACCACAUGCGAGAGGCGGCUCAGGCACGUAUUCUUCGCGAUGGGAGACCUUAG